UUGUCGUAUUCACUCUCAAUUUAUAUUGAAAAUUAAACAUGUUUUGAAUCCGCGGUAUUCCCACAGACUCGGCAAACUUGCAUGGUCGCGUGAAACUCGAAAGGCAGAAGAAACCUAAAAGUGAGAUUUAUGGCAAAAAGUUCUCCGACACGAAGUGAUAUUAUUCCAGAACUGGACGAUGAAGUCAUUGGCGCUGCAAAGGCUGGUGUUCGUUUCGAAUUGUGGACGAAUUCAGAACAAUCCUGAAUCUAUCCCGCAGAUAUACGUGUUGACUUUCUACAUAUCUUGACUGGAUUUAUUGGCGGAGUGAAACUAUCUUAUUAUUGAUUCGCGUUGUGCAUCUGAAAUCGAGAAGACGCAGAGAUGAUCGCGGUAAUUGCAAUUUUCACGGUCCUGCUUUCCACUGCGAAUUACGCUUAUGGAAAACAUUUAACGGAGCUGCCAAAUUACUUGGUGCCGUGCAAUGUAUCCGACAAGCCAUGUCUUACCCGAACGUUACAGAAUAUAUUCCUCCAAUUAAAAACUGGUAUUCCCGGUAUAACGAAUGUUACUAACAUAGAUUUACAAGAGAGCGAUAAAAUUCAAGUAAUUUUGAACCAAACCGAUUUGAUCGAUGUUCAGGUGACACUUUCAAAAGGAAUCGUUCUUGGAUUGUCUGACACCGAAGUACAGAAUCCAUUUUACUAUGAAAAGCGGGGAACGAUAUCAUUUGAGAUGAAAUUUCCAAAACUGAGAAUGAUGGCUGACUAUGAAAUGGAAGGAAAAAUCCUGAAAUAUGAUGUCACUGGGAAAAAUAAAUUCAUUAUGAAUCUCGAAAAUUCUGAUGCUCAAGUGAAAAUGCUUACGGACUUAGUUACACAAGAUGGUGAACAAUUUUUCCUCGUUCAAGAUGUGAAAAUCAAAUUUGGAAAAAUCCGCAGAAUACAGACAUUCUUUAAAGAUCUCUUCAAAAGUAACAAGUCAAUUGAAAAAGAAGCCGAGGAAGAGUUCAAGAAACAUGUUCGUGACCUCAAUAGAGCGAUAUUGCCGCUUGUCGAAGAAUCUGUUAGAGACAUCCUCAAGACUAUCAUGCGGAGGGUCUUCAGGUUCAUUCCUGUUAAAUAUGUUUUUGCGAAUAUCAGUCAUCCAAGCUUAGAAAACUAAAGAGUAAUAUCUAACGUUUCAGAUUAGAUAGUACAAAAUUCUAUUUACAUUUUUAUACGAUUUAAGAACAAUUAAUAUAUAUGUAAUCAUGAGCAA